UGCUAGAAAAUAAUUCACCUCCGUAGCCAUUGGAUUCCAUCAAAGCAUUGUGGUUUGUUUCUAUACCUAUCGGAAAAGUUUAUCUGCGAUUCGAACAAAGUGGCCCCAUCUUUUUCCAUUGCAAUUGAGCAGAAUUCCCGGAUUAAAAGAAGAAAGUUUGCUGCAUCUCGCAACGCGAAAGUGAAUAGCUUUCUCGAAAACAACGAACCAACACUAAAACGAAAACAGUACGCAUAUAAAAACGGAAAAACGAAGAGUAAUGUCAGUCGAGAGUGAGUGAGUCCAAGAACUGUUUGUUGCGCGCGUAAGCGAGAAAGCUAUCGAAAACCAGCGGGUGCUACGUUACGUUUGCCGUACAGUAAACAAACGGUACAAAUCAAAGCACCGUAACCACCGCAAACCUGCACCACCUACUGCUGCUGCACAAAAACACGCUAUUUAGCUGUGGUGGAUACCGAUGUUUUGAUGCUGAUCUCGGGAGCAUCCCCCAGAUCAUCCACACUAGGCCGUCCCAGCGUCCUACGACGCAAACGGUCGUUGCUCCACGUCGAUGCGUAUGGCGCUAGGUGCUUACGUCGAGCGUAAUCUCCAAAGAUCCGCCAGAUCUGCUGGAUUACAAUCUGCCGCUCUAGCUUUAUCACCGCAAACUAUAAAAUUAAAUUGUAAUAGAUCACUGGUUUGCUGAGUGGCACUCCAGGCGUGCUGAAUUCGAUAUGGACGGAUCACAGGAAACGGAUGAUGACGAGCAGGUCCACCCGCGAGCUAUCAUUCAUAUCGAUAUGGAUUACUACUACGCCCAGGUCGAAGAAGUUCUCAAUCCAACGCUCAAGGAUAAACCGUUCGCGGUAAAGCAACGUUUCUGCGUGGUAACCUCGAACUACAUUGCGCGCCAAUACGGUGUCAAAAAACUCCAACCUGUUAAGGAAGCACUAGCGGUGUGCCCCGGACUUGUACUGAUCAACGGAGAAGAUAUAACCAAGUACAAGGAGAUGUCGGUGCGCAUCAAUGAAAUAAUGCAUCGUUUUACGCCGCACGUCGAGAAGCUCGGAUUGGACGAAAACUACCUCGACGUGACAGAGCUCGUCAGUGAGAGGAUAGAGCUGCUGGAAGCGUCUGGAGACCGGACAAAGCUGGACCAUGUCGAGGGACUGAUACAUCCUGCGCCCCAGUCGGACGCGUCCAUCGAGGCGGCAACGGACCGUGAUCUCUUCCGUCGAUGUUGCUGUUGUGGCUGUGACAAAAGACUUAUACUGGCAACGCACCUAGCAAAGGAAAUACGCGACUCCAUAUUCAGCGAGUUAGGUCUCAAAUGUUGUGCUGGGAUCGCGCACAAUAAACUGCUGGCCAAGCUGGUUGGGGCAGUCAACAAGCAGAACAAACAAACCGUCCUUUUGCCCACGUACGGCAGCACUUUCGUCGCAUCGCUUGGUUGCGUGAAAAGCUUGACGGGCAUCGGGGAGAAAACAGCCCAAACGCUGGCGGACUGCUGUGGCAUCAGUACCGUCACGGACCUGCAACAAGUCAAUCUAGAUAAGCUCGCAAAGCAUCUCGGCCAAGAGCAGGCCGUACGGCUAAAGCAGCUUGCCUUCGGGAGAGAUGAGACGCCAGUGAGACAGACGGGCAAACCGAAAUCCGUUGGCCUUGAAGAUUCCUGCCCUUCCAUAUCCGUCCGUGCUGAUGCCGAAGAAAAGUUUCGCCACCUUCUGGUGCGACUGGUCAAAAAUAUUGCUGACGAUGGAAGAAUCCCGGUUGCUAUCAAGGUAACGGUACGAAAAUUUGAUAUGGCUAAACGGACCACACAUCGGGAAUCGAAGCAAGAUAAACUGCUACCGUCCAUGUUCCGCCACGCGAACGGGCGGCUUGUGCUGACCGAUGGGGCACAGGAAAAGAUGCUUGCCGUCGUGAUGAAGGUGUUCGAGCGCAUGGUCGACUUGCGGCAGCCGUUCAAUAUCACCCUGCUUGGGCUGUCGUUCUUCAAGUUCCAAGAACGGCGCCUCGGUAGCAAAUCGAUAGCAAACUUUUUGAUCAAAAAGUCCGACAUCGAGGUGCAAUCGAUCACCAACCUGAGCAACGAAUCGAUCACGCUCAGCGAUGUCAGCCUGUGCUCGAACAAAUCCUCCCUUUCCGCGAUGGACUGCGAACCGUGCUGUUCGUCCGAUGCGGGAUCGAUCGCUUCGCUGUCGGGUUCGGAGUCGGAUGCGGAACCUUCGCCGAAAAAGUCCCGCCGAAUGAUUUUCCUUGCCCGUCGCAGUCUCGGAGCAGCAGAACAUCGGCACCUCGGGAACAAUGAGGACGAGACGACACUCAGCAAGUUGCGGGUAGCUGAUUUACGGUUAAAUUCCAAAGAGUACGAUCAAGAUUCUCCGACAUCUACUCCUUGCUGUUCGACAGCGGCCACGCCAAUGGACGUUACUGGAGCUCUGCACAGCGCUAGUAAAGGAUCCUUCUUUCGAAACCAUCUGGCUUCCACGUCCACCGAUAGUGGCGUCCCGAGGGACACAGAUCGUCUCGUGGCAACCUCCGCUUCCGCAGUAAAACCUAAUUCCGAAGCUAUCAGUGACACGAACAAUCGCGAUUCUCAUGCGGACCAACCCCAACACAAUACCGUUCACAACAAAAGCACGAAUCUUCUCCCUCCGAACGUGGAUCCGGAAGUAUUCGACGCCUUACCGGAGGAUGUGCAGCAAGAGCUACUCAGUAACUGGCGAAGGGCAAUCGGAAGUAGUAGUACGAGCACAAGUGGAACCGUCGGAAUCCUCAGCAGUGGAAGUUUAGGAGCUGUAAAUGUUGUACCAACCGCUAGUGCCACAAGCGGCGGCACCGGUAACACCAGCAACAGUAGCAGUAAUACUUCUCCAAGCGCUACCACAACUGGAAAGGGCAACACAAAAAACACGUUACAUCGCUACUUCGUUAAAAACACGUAGCAUCGUUAUCUCAUUUUAACUGUGGUUCCCUGGGAGUGGGCGGGAUUCACGAAUCCGAGGUGUAACCCCGGUAGCAGGAAGGCAUUAUUCACAUCGCGUAAACUAGGGUUCGAACAGUGCGUUGCGCUCUCUCUUCUCUAAAUUGUUUUACCACACUUAACAUCGUCGACAUCAAGUUAGAAAAAAAUCGCGAAUUAGUUUAUUCGGAACCCUUUUUGUUCGGUAAAUGUGAGGUUGAUAAUUGUUCAUUUUACUUUUUGGUUGUUUUGAUAAGAUAGAUUCAUUUUUUUGUUUCGUUGAGUUAUGUUUACGAACUUUCAAGUUCUUGUCCUUCUUCGGCUCAAUGGAGUUGGAUUUACGCGUAGCACAUAGGUAAAGAGGCGAUCAAAAGUGAACAAUUGUUUUUACUUGUUUGUUUUUUUGUUGAACAUUUAUGUCUCUAAUUCUGUACUGCGAAAUUCAUUUUCCAUUACUCUGUACAUAAAACCAUAAAGGAACAGCUUCAUUAUUGUAUAAACUUGCACUACUAAAGUGUGUUGUUGUGUAUCAACCUUUUAAAAACAAUCAUUCCCGCCUGCGAAAGUGAGAAAUUAAGGAAAAGAGAAAAAUAUCUUGUUAAAUAAAACAAAACGAUGUAAA